AUGAAUUUUGUCAGUAUCGUCUCACUUUUUGCAAUAAUUACUCUAAUCGAAACCAGUGUGGUCAAUUUGGGAUGUAUGAAUGAAUGUGUCAAUGGGUUUUUUCCAUGGAAAUUGACGGAUUAUGGUUGUUGGUGUGGACUUGGUGGAGCCGGCUCGCCAAUCAAUGAGCUCGAUGAAUGUUGCGAAGUGCACGACAAGUGCUAUGACGAAGCUGGGGGAAUUGAGGAUUGCCUAAGUCUGAAACAUUACGCUUUUGGUUAUGAUUGGACAUGUGAUAACAAAGAGGCACAAUGCGGUGCUAGCAAUGCUCCCUGCCAGGCUGCACUCUGUAGAUGUGACAAAGCGGUGGUGGAUUGCUGGAAAAUGUACAUCGGUGAAAUGGACGACGGCAAGAAUCACCAAUGCUCAACGAGGCGACUCAUGAAAUCGUUAAAAGAAACGCGACAAGAGAAGGGACUCAUUUGUGGAGCUUUACAAAGCAGA